AUGUGCUCUACCGGAUGUUGCUCCACGGGAUGCUGUUCCGUCGUGAAGAGCAAAACGGUGUGCUGCAGCCAGCCGUGCCAGAAGACGGUCUGCUGCGACCCAUGCCAGAAGAAGAUCGUCUGCUGCAGCCCGUGCCAGCAGUCCUGCUGCUGCGACCCAUGCCAGAAGCCCUGCUGUGACCCGUGCCAGCAGUCCUGCUGCGACCCAUGCCAGAAGAAGGUCGUCUGCUGCAGCCCGUGCCAGCAGUCCUGCUGUGACCCGUGCCAGCAGUCCGUCUGCUGUGACCCGUGCCAGCAGUCCUGCUGUGACCCGUGCCAGAAGCCCUGCUGUGACCCGUGCCAGAAGCCCUGCUGUGACCCGUGCCAGCAGUCCGUCUGCUGUGACCCGUGCCAGCAGUCCUGCUGUGAUCCAUGCCAGAAGCCCUGCUGUGAUCCAUGCCAGCAGUCCUGCUGUGACCCAUGCCAGCAGUCCUGCUGUGACCCAUGCCAGCAGUCCUGCUGUGACCCGUGCCAGCAGUCCUGCUGUGACCCAUGCCAGAAGCCCUGCUGUGACCCAUGCCAGCAGUCCUGCUGUGACCCAUGCCAGAAGCCCUGCUGUGACCCGUGCCAGCAGUCCUGCUGUGACCCGUGCCAGCAGUCUGUCUGUUGUGACCCGUGUCAGCAGUCUUGCUGUGACCCAUGCCAGAAGCCCUGCUGUGACCCGUGCCAACAGUCUUGCUGUGACCCGUGCCAGCAGUCCGUCUGCUGUGACCCGUGCCAACAGUCUUGCUGUGACCCGUGCCAGCAGUCCGUCUGCUGCAAUCCGUGCCAGCAGUCCUGCUGUGACCCGUGCCAGCAGUCCGUCUGCUGUACCAAGGUGUGCCGCCCCUGCUGCUGCUCUGGAUGCCCGUCUUGCUGCUCCUGCGUGGUGAAGAAGCCCGUUGUGGUGCGUUGCAGCCCCGUGCAAUACUGCUGUCCCAUGAGGAAGUACAGCAUUCCCAUCCAGCAGUGCUGCGCCGCAAUCAAGAAGCGUUGCUGA